GAAUUUAGAAAAUAUUGGGAAGAACAAGCAUAAGAAAUGAAAGUCUAUAGAAACAUAAAUUACUGUGAUUUAUAGGAUGGAUAUAAUUAGUAAUGGUGAUACUGUAAAGUCAAAUUAAUAUAUUAUAGUAACCGUUUUCCUGUUCGUGCAAUGUUCCUUGUUUUAGUACCUAGCUAAUCAUUACAGAAAGUUUUUAAGGAGUCGUUCUACAGUGAAGUGAUCUGUGGAGAAAACUCCUUGGUUUGCGUUGAUAUAAUAAUCUACCAUUGGAAUUUCGGGACACUGUUGUCUGCUGCGCUUGGAGUUACAGGUAUAAUAACCAUUCCAGAAAAGAAACAUUUAUCAAAAGAAAACAAAACGGGCUACGACUACAUUAAAUCCUACGUCCAAACACCAGUCUAUUGAAAUUUCUACAAACAAGAAGAAAAUACAAUGACGGAGUACAAAUUAGUGGUUGUAGGUGCUGGAGGUGUUGGUAAAUCUGCCCUAACAAUCCAGUUAAUACAAAAUCAUUUUGUGGAUGAAUACGACCCCACAAUUGAAGAUUCUUAUAGGAAGCAAGUGGUUAUAGAUGGCGAGACGUGUUUAUUGGAUAUUUUAGAUACAGCUGGCCAAGAAGAAUAUUCCGCUAUGCGUGAUCAAUACAUGCGAACUGGAGAGGGAUUUUUGCUCGUUUUUGCUGUCAAUAGUGCGAAAUCAUUUGAAGACAUUGGUACAUAUCGAGAGCAAAUAAAGCGCGUAAAAGACGCGGAAGAGGUACCAAUGGUGCUGGUAGGAAAUAAGUGCGAUCUGCAAGCCUGGGCUGUUAAUAUGAACCAAGCCAGAGAGGUUGCUAAACAAUACGGCAUUCCAUUUGUUGAGACAUCCGCCAAGACACGAAUGGGCGUUGAUGACGCUUUUUACACAUUAGUCCGUGAGAUUCGAAAGGAUAAAGAGCAUAGGGGGAAAAAAGGUCGCAAACAUCAUAAGCUACCACACCAUAAAUUCAAAUGCGAGUUGCUGUAAAUGAUCUUAUAUUAAGUUUAAAAGUGGUUGGAUAACCUACACAUUCGGACAACCGGACAAUUUCAAAAACCAAAACAACAACGAAAACGAACUAAACAGACAUUCGAUAAGAGAGAUAGCCUGUGAUCAGGAGGCUGUAGUAGAGGAAACAACAACAAUAAUAAUAAUACAGCUAGAACCGGAAAGCAACAAAUAUAGCACAUAUUUUUUCAUCCCAAAAUCAGCAUAACAUUAGCUAUACGCACAUAAAAGUGCAAAUUUUACAAUACGCAAAACCUUACACAGGAGCACAGACGAACUGGGAGAGUAUAAAAAAAAAAUUAAUGGAAAACAUAAACCUAUCAAAAAAAAAUUUUUUUUUGAAAGUAAAAGAAAAACGUUUAUUUAAUAUUUUUAUUUUAUUUCUGCGCACAAUUUUUAAUACGUUUCUUGUGUUCUUGAACUGGCAUAUGACAAAAUAUGUAUUUAAUUUCUAAUUCAAGGAGUAUGUUGAUUUAUUACUUUUGUUUGUACUGUUUGCUAUUUUAAUUAUGUCUACGUAUGCUUUCCAUUCGUUGGAAAUAUUUAUUUAUAUAGUAAAGUAAGAUAAAAUUUAUAACUUUGAUAAAUAUGCAAUGACGCGUACCAAAUGAUCGUGCUGUUUAAUGUAUUCAUAGAUUGUAUCCUUCUAAAUUGUGUUCUUAGGCAAGUGUACAAAACUAUCAAAAGUCUGCACAUAUUAAUAUAGUUGAAACUAAAUCUAAAGCUGCAAUCAUAAUUGACACUAAACAAAAAAUUAAAAUCGCGAUGGUUGGAGCUUUAUAAAACCGUUAAAAUUUAAACUUUUCUACUAUAUUAAUAUGGAAAAUACAUACAUAUAUGAACACAUUCACUUGCCUCCGUUUUAGUGCGUCGUUUCUGUAAUACGUGCCUGUGUUUUAUGUAUGCAUGUUAACACAUAGAAAAAAAGAUUUGGUAAUUUAUAAAAUAAAUUUACUGAAAAACAUAAAAAGUAAUAACUAACAUAAUGCAAGAUGGAGAUUAUAUUAAGUGUACUAGCUGUAACGCACAAUAAGCAAAUAUUGAUAUUUUUUUUUUUUUGCUAUUUGAAACUAUUUUCUAAUCCGUUUUAUACUUUUUGGUGCUGAAGUGAAAUCUGCGUGCAUAUUUUUAUAAAAGAAAAAUUCUGUUUUAUAUUUAAUCAAUUUCUUUUAAAAAUAUUUUUGUAUUUUUAUUGUAACUAUGAAGGUGGAACUAGGGCAAGAAUAGUUAAAAAUUGCCGAACAAUGUUUCCUACUUCCAUUGUAAAAUUAACGCAUAAUGAUUGUGAAUGUCAUCCUCUAUACUUUAUACAUGUAAUUUAUUAUAUGCUUACAUCAUCAUAUUCUCAUUAUAAUAGGAUUAAAAUUGCAAAAUUAGUAAAUAUGAAUAUUGUCACGUACAUAAAGGAAAGAACAGUUCAUCAUUGUCGAAUUUCCAUAAGAAAACAAACCGAAAUCGCCGACUAGUUAUCUUAAAGGA